GAAGAUUAAAACUUUGGUAAUUGGACGAGCACUAGGCACGCGCGGCAGAGCAGAGGCAAAAGAAGACGAGAAUAGCAAAGCCAUUUUUUACUGUUAGCCUCAGCCUGCUGCCGGAGAUAAGAAGAUGGAGGGUGUCACUGCUACAGCAUCACCGGACAUACCCAUGCACCCAGCAAUAGCACCAAUCUCGUAUCUGCUGGGUACAUGGAAAGGACAAGGAGAAGGUGGGUUUCCCACCAUCAACUCCUUCUCUUACGUCGAGCACCUCAAUUUCUCUCAUUCCGGCAAGCCCUUCAUAGCUUACACUCAGAAGACAUGGAAAUUGAAUUCUGGGGAGCCAAUGCACGCUGAGAGUGGGUUUUGGAGGCCCAAACCAGAUGGUUCCAUUGAAGUUGUCAUUUCUCAAAGCACCGGCCUUGUCGAAGUUCAGAAAGGGACGUAUGAUGCAGAAGAGAAAGUAAUAAAGCUUCAGAGCGAGCUUGUGGGCAAUGCUUCUAAGGUGAGAGAGAUAACCCGAGUUUUUAAGUUGGUAGAUGAAGAAUUGUCUUAUGAGGUUCAGAUGGCCACAAAUCUCACCAGUCUUCAACCACAUCUGAAAGCCUCACUCAAAAGAAUCUGAUGCAUUUAUGUUGAAGAAAAAGUGAAGUUUAGAAAUUAGCAUCGGCUUAAGUGCAAAGGGCAUAUCAGAGUUUGAAAGAGAAAAAGCACUACAGGAUACUAUCUUCUGAUAUUUUAUGGUUAUGUGAUUUAUCCCCUGUACUGUGACUCGAAUAACCCCUUGCACAAGCUUUGGGUGUAUUUAUCUCAAUAUGACAGAUAUUAUUGAAGGCUGUAAGUUUUCGGCAAGUUACUAACUUGAGGAUUACAAUGACAUGUAUUUGCUUUCUCAGUUCUGA